AUGGCCCUGAUCCGCGGUGCGAAUCUUCGCGCCGCCAGGACGGCGUCGAAGCCGGACUAUCUGGUUUUCGGGUCGGCCUUCUGCUUCGAAUCCCUCGCCAUCCCCCUGUGCACCAAGGGCGGACCUCUUCCCGGUAGGCACUGCAGCGUCCUACUUGUUGUGCGCCCUGGCGACCUGCUUUUGCCUCAUGAGGAGGAGAUCGAGACCUUCUACCGCUACCUCGACCCCAAGACCUCCUCCAAGCGGCACGAGGAGGAGGCGGCCAACAUUUUGAGGUUUUUCGGCGAAUGCGUGAAGGCGGAGUUGAACCGUGAGGGAAGGGAGGGGACGGCUAAGCCUCCUUCCGCCGAAGUCCUCUCCGAACGACUGGAGAGUCUUGCUGCCCCCAUCCGUGAUAUGAGUUUCCGACGUCGAUGUCGCCUUGUCGCCUGGGCUAUCGUCGUCGAGGCGUCGACUCACCCUUGUCGUCGUCGCCAUGUGCUUGGGAUGUUGAUGCAGAAAUUGCCCAACAUCCUCAGGCAGGAGGUCGCUGGCACGGGGCUGCUGGCGGUCAACGCGUUAGCGUGGUCGUUGGAGCAUCUGGACGACGUGCAUCGCAGCUACGAUCCGUUCAUCGUCGAGAACCUGAAGCUGGUCGGCUUGAAGGCGCUCCGACUGGAGCUGGUGCACCACGUGGAGAAGGCCGCGUUGAACUCACGGGAGGCGGCGUCGACCGUGGGUCGUGGCGUCGGAACCGGCAUCUCUCUGGACGAGGAAGAGGAGGACGAGGAGCGUGACGAGGACGCCGUGGUUGUCACCGGCGAAGAGGAGGCAGUACAGUUCGCCGGUGAGAAGGUUGCGGAUAAGAGCGGCGGCAGCGGACCCAAGUCGGGCAAGAAGGCGCGGGGCAGCGGUGGCUCGACCCCGACUAGGAUUGCGUCAAAGCCAGCUGUUGAGCGUCUGAAGGCGGCGGAGAGGGAGAACAAAAAGCUGAGGGAGGAGAAGCUGGUGGCGGAAAAGAGGCUAGAGUACUAG